AUGCCUACUCCCAUUCCAGGUCCCCCCGGAGUUCCCCUCCUGGGUAAUGUUUUUGACGUCAACCCUAAUGAAACAUGGAAUUCUCUUAACAAACUCGCCAAACAAUUUGGCUCCAUUUUCAAAAUCAAUGCCCUAGGACAUGAAAUCGUCUUCAUCGGUAGUGUCGCUCUAUUGGAAGAGAUUUGCGACCAGACUCGAUUUCGCAAGUGUGUGACAGGCCCUGUUGUCGAGAUCCGAUAUGCAGUCCACGACAGUCUAUUCACCGCAUACGAUGACGAGAAAAGUUGGGGUAUCGCCCAUCGCAUUAUGAUGCCUCACCUCACACAAUCCGCGACCGACAACCUCUUCGCCGACAUGGCCGAGGUCAUCCCGGAUCUCACAAAGAAGUGGAGCGCAGCACCCAAGCAGCGCACUCUGCUCACAAAAGAUCUCGACCGUCUCCUACUGGCCUCGUGUAUGCAAUCGUUCUUCAACCAGCGCGUGCACGUCCUCGAAGGUGAAGAACCCCCCAUGAUUAACGCCAUGGAAGGCGCCACCAUGGAGGCCAUGAAGCGCCCUACCCGUCCUAAGGUGUUAAACUGGCUGUACCAGCGCCGCUUCGAGAAAGACACCAAGACCAUGCGCAACUUCGCCGCCAGCGUGAUCAAGACUAGAAAGGAUAACCCCGAGACGGCCCGCAAGGAUAUCCUCGAUGCCAUGAUCAAUGGCGCAGACCCAGAGAGUGGCGAGAAGCUCACCGAGUCGCAAAUCAUUGAUGAAAUCAUCUCCAUCUUCAUCGGCGCCGCCACCGCUCCAAACCUCGUCUCCUACGCCCUCUACUACCUCAUCGAGAACCCGACCGAAAUCACCAAGGCCCAGGAGGAACUCGACCGCGUCGUCGGCGACGGCAACAUCGACCUCGAACACCUCAAGAGCCUGAACUACAUCGAAGCCAUCCUCCGCGAGUCAAUCCGUCUCUCCGCCACCGCCCCCGGCUUCAACAUCGAGCCCAUCCCCUCCAAUGAUAAGAGCCCCAUUCUCCUCGCCGGAGGCGAAUACCAAAUUGCCCACAAUCAGCCCAUGAUUGCCGUCCUGGCACAGGUCAACCGUGAUCCGGCGGUCUUUGAGGAUCCCGAGGCUUUCAAGCCUGAGCGUGUCCUCGGCGAGAAGUGGGAUCAGCUCCCUGCUGCUGCGAAGAAGGGCUUCGGUAACGGGAAGCGCGAGUGCAUUGGUAAGCUCUGGGCUUGGCGCUGGUCGUUCUUCACCCUUGCUAGUAUUCUCAAGGAUACUAAGUUUGAAUUCGCGGAUCCUAAUUAUAAGCUGGAGUCAAAUGGUGCCUUCAGUAUUAAGCCUCAGCAGUUUUAUGGUCUGGUUGGGCCUCGCAAGUGA